AUGGAUGAUGAAGCAGACAAGGGGGAGUUACGGGAUGAUAUUCCAGACAUAAAUCUUGAAUCUAAGAGAGAAUUGUUUGAAGGGGACAUUGCAGGUGAUCCAAAACGAAAUGCAAUCCUGGAUGAGACGGCAAGAUGGCGGUUUCCAAUUCCUUACAUAUUAACCGAUUCCUUGGAUUUGAAUGCAAAAGGUGUGAUUCUGCAAGCAUUUGAAAUGUAUCGUCUGAAAUCCUGUGUUGACUUCAAACCUUAUGAGGGAGAGCACACAUAUCUUUCCUUUACCAAGCUGGAUGGAUGCUGGUCAUUUGUGGGUGAUCUUCAUGAGGGCCAGAAUGUAUCCAUCGGCGCCAGGUGUGACACCAAGGCAAUUGUUGAACAUGAGCUUCUUCAUGCACUGGGAUUUUACCAUGAGCAAUCCAGGGCAGAUCGCGAUGACUACGUCAAAAUCUGGUGGGAUCAAAUCAUACCUGGAAAGGAGCACAACUUUAACAAGUACGAAGACGACUUCAUCACGGAUCUGAACACGCCGUAUGACUAUGAGUCAAUAAUGCACUACAGGCCUCUCUCGUUCAAUAAGAAUGCUACUGUGCCCACCAUCACCACUGCCAUUCCGGCCUUCAACGAAAUCAUCGGACAGCGUCUAGACUUCAGCGCUGUUGAUCUUGUCCGACUGAACCGCAUGUACAACUGCACUUCCACUCAAACCCUCCUGGACCAGUGCUCCUUUGAGCAAAUAAAUAUCUGCGGCAUGAUCCAGAAUGUGGAGGACGACGCAGACUGGGUCCACUCACUGAGCUACACUGGGAUGGAAGAUCACACCCUGACAGGGCAGUGCCGAGAUGCUGGCUAUUUCAUGCAAUUUAACACCUCAAAAUCGGCCCCGGGCAAAAGUGCUCUACUGGAGUCUCGUAUCCUGUAUCCUAAGAGAGGCCAACAAUGCCUUCAGUUCUUCUACAAGACAACAGGAAACCCUGGAGACCUGCUGGUCAUCUGGGUCAAGACAGAUGAUGGAACGGGAAACGUUCGUAAAAUCAAGAAAGUGCAUACCAUUAAAGGCGAUGGCGAUGAAUCCUGGAAGAUUGCUCACGUCACACUAAAUGUCAAAGACAAAUUCCGUUACAUCUUCCAGGGUGUGGUGGGAUCAGAGAAGACAGAUGGUGGCAUUUUCAUUGACGACGUCUCCUUAACUGAAGCUCACUGCCCCAGUAACAUCUGGCGAAUCCAAAACUUUACCGGCCUGCUCCAAACACACCCCCCGGGACACAAUAUCACGAGUCAACGGUUCUACAGCACAGAAGGCUAUGGAUAUGGGAUUCGAGUGUAUCCAAAUGGUAAAGACGCCUCCUCAAAUGACCACGUGAGCGUGUACUUCCACCUGUGCAGCGGAGAGAAUGAUGGAGUAUUGGAGUGGCCAGUGUUGAAUAGGCAGGCCACCAUUAUCGCCGUGGAUCAAGACCCAGAUGUACGGCUGCGAAUGUCAGCCAGCAGAAGCUUCACCACUGAAUCAGAUCCCAGGUGGAACAAACCAAGCACCAACGGAGUAUGGGAUGAAUCCUGCAAAUGCUACCGUGGGUCCGAGUUUGGAUGGAGCACUUUUAUUUCACACAAGCAGCUCAUGAGAAGAAGCUUCCUGAAGAACGACGACCUGAUAAUAUCUGUCGAUUUUGAAGAUUUGACUCACCUGCUGAAGACUGAGGUUCCCGCUACUCCGAAACCUGCCAGACAUCCCCAACGCACAGAAGAAGAACCCCGUGAGCAUGUCAGCUCUGCUGAGGUCCAGAAACAUCGGGAGGUGCGAUCAGCUCCCAACAACCCCUGCCUACCUAACCCCUGCCUUAAUGGGGGAGUGUGUGUGGAGAAGCAUGGAGAAGCCACGUGCAGGUGUGCAUCUGGACAGGCUACAUUCUACACGGGUGACAUGUGUGAGAAACAGCGGAUCGAUGGGAGCGUUGUGGGUGUGUUGAUUGGCGGGAUGGCAGGCACCCUCACAUUGACCAUGGCUAUUAUUGCAGUCAUCCGCAGGGCGCACUGA